ACCCAAUGAGUUGGGAACGUACCCCGUUCAGUUACUAGCCGAGUCACUUCCUCAUCCGCCUCUCACCACGUCGUUCUUUUCUUUACGCGUUGCCCGCUGUGUCCAGUGGAAGGUCCAACGGCCAGGACAAAACACAUAAUAUCACAAUGGUUGCCCAAAAGAAGCAGAAAAAGGCUCUAGAGAGCAUCAACAGCCGAUUGGCUUUGGUGAUGAAGAGUGGAAAAUACGUGUUGGGACUGAACCAAACCCUCAAGUCCCUCCGCCAGGGCAAGGCUAAGCUGGUCAUCAUUGCCAACAACACCCCUCCACUAAGGAAAUCUGAAAUUGAGUACUACGCUAUGCUUGCCAAGACUGGAGUCCACCACUACUCUGGCAACAACAUCGAGCUUGGUACCGCUUGCGGAAAGUACUUCAGAGUUUGCACCCUGUCCAUCACCGACCCUGGUGACAGUGACAUCAUUAGAACUAUGCCUUCAGGAGAUUUGGUGCAGUAAUUUUAAGGCCUGAAUGUAUUUUGUACAUUUGACCGGCUGAACAUUUGUUAAUUUGUUUUAUAAAUAAAGGAAUGUGCAGUGGGUCAAACCA